ACAUAAUCCUCUGCAGCGAAUCGACGUAAUUUGUAUUAAUUACUAAUUAGUCUGUAGUUAAAGUUCUAACGAUGUGGCGUGUUGCUGUGGUGAUUGCUGUAUUUGGGACAUCGGUAUUUGCCGAUUCCUCCCUCACUUUUCCUGAAAUUGCGAGAGGUGCUAGUGACACACGUAUAGUGUCAGGAUGGGAGGCGGAGCCCGGGCAGCUGCCGUUCCAGCUGUCCGUGCGGAUGGUGAACGCCGCCGGCGGAGUGAACUCCUGCGGCGGCUCCAUCAUCCAUAACGAGUGGGGCCUCACCGCGGCCCACUGCACGGCCAACCGAAUCACUUUCGUCAUCCGCGCCGGUGCUGUGAACCUCACUCGGCCCGUCCACCUCUUUGAAGCCACGCAGUACUACAACCAUCCCUCGUACAUUGAUUCCUUGUCGAUAGUGCAGCCCAAUGACAUUGGUCUCAUCAGGUUUGGCCGAGCCCUCGUCUUUAAUGAUUAUGUACAACCGAUCAGGCUUCAGAACUCUGCGGCCAAGAAUCGUAACUAUGCGGGCGUGAGGCUGACUGCCAGCGGUUGGGGACGCACUUGGACUGGAGCGAGCGCUCCUGAGAAUUUAAACUGGGUGUACUUAACUGGUACCUCCAACAUCGCCUGCUUGGCUGCAUAUCCAGGCAGCAGCACCAUCCAGGAUACCACAAUCUGUGCCAAUGCAUACAACGUCAGCAGCCAGUCUACGUGCCAGGGCGACAGUGGUGGUCCAUUGACAGUGAUUGAUGAAGAUGGUGAACUGAGCGAGGUUGGAGUUACAUCGUUUGUGUCCUCCACAGGUUGCCACACUGAUUAUCCUGCUGGUUUCGUCCGUCCAGGCCACUACCACGAGUGGUACUACGAAGUAACUGGUAUCAACUUCGACUGGGAGUACGAACAGCCAACUGAACCUGAGGAGUCUGUAGAAGCUACAACAGUUGGACCAGAUUCAGAGAGCGAAGAGUCUGAAGAAAGUUCAAUUGAAUCAAGCAGUGAAGAGGAUGCGAGCGAGAAAUAAAUACUAACAAAAACGACAACUCAAUAAAAUAAAUUAAACACUCAUUUAGUAAUUAAAGCUAUGGCUGAGGAUACAAGGAAAAUUUAAUUAAAUUUAAUUAAAAAGUUCUCUACCUUUCAAAAUAGUAAACGCAAUUAAUGCCACCUGAUUUCCUUCUCCGAUUAUUUAAGCAGUAAUUAAAGUUAUGGCUAAGGUACCGAAAAGAACAGAUUUUUUAAAAUUAACAUCAUCCGCUUUUGUUACUUAAAGUAACCCUUACACCAUAAGUCACAGCUUCAAUCAUUAGUUGUGUUACUUAAGCAAUAAUUAAAAUUAUGGCUGAGGUUGCGAAGAGAACUUAAAUUUAAUUAAAAAGUUUCCUAUAUUUCUAAGUAAUAAACGUAAUUAAUACCUUGAAUAAAUGUUCUCAAUACUUAA